UCCUCAAAAUUUCACCAGACAGUGUGUUUAAUUUGGCAAAAGCAAGUGGUCAACCAUUUUCUUCUGUUCGCAACCAUAUCCGCACUUCAUAUAAGACUACAAUUUCAUUUAUUAUAAAUCCAUCUGCCACCCAAGUUGGAUUGCACUUGGAAAGAAGUCGACCAAAAAAAAAAAAAAUCUAGUCCCCAUAUCUAGUGGUAAUACAGAAAUCUGAGGAGAAUCCAGUAUGGCUGAUGCUAGUCCAAGGACUGAUAUCUCAACAGAUGCAGAAACAGAUGAAAUGAAUCAGAGGUUUGAUAGUGGAAAAUCAAUUGUUGUUGCACCUUCUGAUUCUAGUGACCGAUCCAAGAGUAAUUUGGACCAAAAGACUCUUCGCAGACUUGCUCAAAAUCGCGAGGCUGCAAGAAAAAGCCGAUUGAGGAAGAAAGCGUACGUGCAACAGCUGGAGAGUAGUCGUUUGAAGUUGACACAACUGGAGCAGGAGCUCCAGCGGGCACGGCAGCAGGGUAUCUUCAUAUCGAGCUCAGGAGAUAAAAGUCAUUCAAUUGGUGGAAAUGGUGCCAUGACAUUUGAUGUAGAAUAUUCACGGUGGCUUGAAGAGCAUAAUCGACAAAUUAAUGAACUAAGAACGGCAGUAAAUUCUCAUGCAGGUGAUGCAGAACUUCAUAUUAUAGUUGACGGUGUUAUGGCUCAUUAUGAUGAAAUUUUCAGGCUGAAGAGCAACAUAGCUAAGGCAGAUGUUUUCCAUUUGCUGUCAGGCAUGUGGAAGACACCUGCUGAGAGGUGUUUCUUGUGGCUUGGUGGCUUCCGGUCAUCCGAGCUUCUAAAGCUUCUUGUAAACCAAUUGGAGCCUUUGACAGAGCAACAAUUGGUGGGAAUUGGCAACUUACAACAAUCCUCCCAGCAGGCUGAAGAUGCACUAUCUCAAGGUAUGGAGGCAUUGCAGCAGUCGCUGGCCGAGACAUUGUCCACCGGAUCUUUAGGCUCAUCCGGGUCAUCUGGGAAUGUGGCAAACUACAUGGGUCAAAUGGCCAUGGCCAUGGGCAAGCUGGGAACCCUUGAGGGUUUCAUUUGUCAGGCAGACAAUCUGCGGCAGCAAACCCUACAACAAAUGCACCGGAUAUUGACAACCCGACAGUCGGCUCGUGCACUUCUCGCGAUACAUGAUUACUUCUCCAGAUUACGUGCUCUUAGUUCCCUCUGGCUCGCCCGACCGAGAGAGUGAAACUCUCGUCUGCUCUGGCUGGUAAAAUCAG